ACGUCAUCCAGUAGUCGAGAAAGAAGCCCGUUACUUGAAAAUGUCUCGAGACAAAUGACAUCCACUUUGGGCCCAAAGGCACUAUAUCGCCCUAAAACGUGCUGAAAUCCCACACUGGCCUCCUUUAUUCCAUUGUGGCUUUUUUCUCCCCUUCCGACCGCAAAGCUGUUUUUCCGGCUGUUAUGUAAAACAUCUUAACACUGCCAAUGUGGAACAGAGGUGAUCUGGACGAUGGAUACGAUUCUUACAAAACAGGUUCAAGUAGCGGUGGCUCUUCUAGGCGGGUCGCUAGCAAUGAAUCAACCUGGCACAGCAAGCAGUCUGGACCUGGGAAUAGCAUCUUUGGACGUAGACUCAGUGCUGUGUCAGACAGCGGUGACACCGGCAUUGGCACCUACUGCUCUGAUAGCGUGGAAGAUGACUCCUGUUCAAGCACCACACCAUCUCUCCAGCCACUGUCUCGACGUCACUCUAGUCAGGAGGAUGGGCUUGGCGGCAGUGUCCCUAUUGUCCAUGUCAAUAAAUCUCCUUCCACAUCAUCGUACACCAGUCUGAAAAUGAUAGCCUCACCCAGCAGCACUGAUCAUCGGAGCAAGUCUUGCCAGCUGACCCUUCCAGCCACAUCUCCCCUUAGUGCACCAACUAGUGUUGACAUGAAGGACCAGCAGCCCAUCAGGAGGUGGUCAUCUCUCACUAAGUUGUCAUCUGGUGUUGAAAAGAACUCCAGAAAGACAUCAGUCCACCAACACAGAACUGAUUCACAUGGCUCCCUGGACAGGGGUCUGCGCUAUGGCUACAAAAAAGAACCCCGUGGUUUAAAUAGGGACCUUUAUUUACCUGUCUCUCCCUCGUUGCUCUGUCAUAGCUUAUUACAGCGUUCUCCUGGAGGUGGUUCCUCCUAUUGGAGCAAAUAUAGCAGUAGGUCUGGUUUGGAAACAGACCUAUCCCUGUCCUCAACUCUAUCUUCACCCAUUAAACACAGCAGUUUGGACAUGAACUAUAGUAGUUUAGCAGAGGCUAAACUGGGUCUGGGAGGUGAUCAGGUUCAUGGCCUCAGUUUAUCUAAGCUAGCAGACUCACCACUCGCACACCCGGUUGACAGAGACUCUCCAAUUCAGCCAGCCAUCCGCACACAAAUGUGGCUGACAGAGCAGAUGGAAUACAGCUCUAAAGCAGACCACGGAGCAGAACCUGGGCAGAUAGUUGGUACUGAAAUAAAGGUCUGUGGUGGAGAUGGACCAUCAUUUGAACAAGGCAUCAACCAGAUGCUGCAGGGGACGUCCCAUUAUGUCAACACUCUGGUGAAGGUUAAAGAGGGGAUGCUGAGACAAAGAGAGCUGGAAAUUGAUAGACAGAAGCAACAAAUCCUGCAGCUCCAUGCCCGCAUUAGAGAAAAUGAGCUGAGAGCCCAGCAGGUGCUCCACAGUCAGAGGUGGUUUGAAGAUCCUCAAAUCCUGAAGAUGAAGGAUUCAGUGAAGGAAGUUCCAUCUGAUCGACUGUGUUGUGAUGAAGAACUCAGCAGGAAGCUGGCAGUGUCCGAGUUGGAAGUACUUCAUCUCAACGAGUUGUACAAGCAAGCUGCUCAGAAAUAUACUGAAGAUCUGAGGAAACUGAAGGAAAAGAUAAAGACAAGGGAUCGAUAUAUCAGCAGUCUGAAAAAGAAAUGCCAGCGGGAGAGCGAACAGAACCAUGAAAAACAGCAACGCAUCGAAACUCUGGAGAAGUACCUUGCUGACCUUCCAACACUGGGUGAGGUGCAAGUCCAGGCCCUACAGCUGGAAGAGGUGCAGCUGAGAGCUCAGGAGCUGGAGAAAACAGUGUCUCACUUACAAAAAAACCUGGACGACGGCUGUGCUUUGUUGAAGGAGAAAGAUGUCAAGAUUGAGACACAAGAGAGGAGAGAGAAGGAGCUGAUUGCAUCUGUGCACAGGUUGCAGCAGAAGGUGCAGAGGUGUUUUCAGGAUGGAGUGAGGUUGGACCUGAAGCAUCUUGAGGUGGAAAACUCUCACCUCCUGGAGAAACAAGACCACAGCAGUAAGCUAAUUGAACAUCAGAAAGUACAGAUUGAGAGACUCAGCUCACAACUGAAGGUGACCAGUACAAGACUACAAAAAGGAAGAAGCCUUUCACAACAGAUUUGUCCUCCUGACAACCACGAAGGUCCAUCCAUUGAAUCUCCAACCGUGUCACAGCAGGCACAGGUGGAUAACUGGCUGCAGGACCAUACUCUGUCGAAUGCGGAGAUGCCACAAGUGGGCCGACUCUUUAAGGAGCUGUCCCUGUGCCUAUUGGACCUUCAGGCUCUCCGCAGCAUCCUGGCCCAGAGAGCUCAAGGAAAGGAGCUCAACUUGUCUCUGCUGCUGGGUAUGACACCGUUGAAUGUGUCUGCGGAGGAGAGCGAGGUCAGGGACGCGCCGGAAGAAGUUGGACCGUUGAAACUGCUUGAGGUCGGCCAGCUGAGGAAGGGCAUCGAUGAACUGAAGAAAAACAUCGCUGAGCGCUACACCCGCUACACGGUCGAUAGCUGAGUCUACCCUCUUUCGCAAUGGCUAUCUGAAAUGGCGUUUUCCCUGCUUUGUUUCCCCCCUGAAUCGCUGUCCUGUGUGUAUGGUAUGCCCUGGAUGCACCAAUUUACCAGGAAUGAAGAGUGAAAGUGACUUCUAAGCGACAGACCAGGAAGGCCAUUGACAAGUGUUACGGUGCUGGAGUCACCGAGGAGUUAAUAACACCUAUCCAAAAAGAUGAAGGGUGUUUUCAGGCUUUGAUCUGUGACUACUUUUAAUUGUGAUUUUACAGCUGCUGGUAUGUCUCGGCCAGGUACCGUACGGGUGGGAAUGUUAACGCUUACUCGUUAAAAUCAAGAUAAUUCAAUUGAUACUAUGACUUGCUUUGAAGAAUGCAACACGGUUGCAAAGCAUUUUUUUUCCCAUUUCAGUGCGCCCCAUAGUGUGCAGUUAUCGGACUGUUUUAAAGAAACAGUACACAUUAGAUUGUUUGUUUUUCUUUUAAUGCAAUUGCUCAGAAUUAUGGCAGCUUGAGACAAACUUGAGGAAAUUAUGGGAUAGAAGUACUAUGACAACUGGCCAUUAUGCCUCUUUUUGUGUUUUCCCAUAUCAAUUGAGCAGUUUAUUAUUUUACAGUCCAAAAAUGUAUGUGACGAUUUAAUAUUUUUUUGGGAUAGUUUUAUAUACAUAUGUAAUUAUAUUAACUUGAAAGUACUACGUAUAUUCAACAAUAUUGUACCGACAUCGAUGGCUCACCAUAAAGCUAAUGCCCAUGCAUAAUCUUUCCAUAUUUCCUUCCGUCCAGAAAUGAGAUGAACUCAAAUGUUUUAAUAAGCAUCAUGAACAGUUAAAUGAAUCAAACAUCCGAAGAUUUAAAUGUUUAGCAGCUUAUCAAACCUCAAAACAGAUAUUUGUGCAUGUAUUGAUUGAUCCAUGUUAAUCCUUCUUUUUGAUACUGCCAAAAGGAAACAACAAGGAAGUGUAGCUGCACUUGGUGUUAUUCUUUAACAAAGCCAGCUUCAUUAUGAUGAAAUGUGUUUAGUAAGUUUAUAACAUUCCAUAUGAUUAUAUUCAAUGCAUGUUUUUUUAAUCAUGCAGGGUACUGGAUGACUUGUAACAGACUUAUACUGGAACCGAAACUGUAAAAAUGGCAACUGUGUUUAUAUAGCCAUUGAUAUUCUAAAGGAGAGAUUGCGCAUUUCUAUUUUUUCAGUUUCUAGGGGUCAAAGGUCAUUUUUAUCAAUAUUGUCACUAUAUUUUGCGACUUUUCUGACCCUUCUAGUAACUAUUUUAGAAGAUGGCAACACAACAAAUCUAGCAACUUUUUGCAGCGUUAUUAGCGACCCCUCCAGAGCAGGAGCUGUACACCAGUCUGUCCCAACUGCAAAUGAAUUGUCCAUCCAUCCGUUUUCCUCCGCUGAUCUGAGGUCAGGUUUGCAGGGGCAGUAGCUUUAACAGGGAAGCCCAGACUUUCCUCCCACCCACUUCAUCCAGGGAGACCCCAAAGCGGUCCGAGGCCAGCCGGGAGACAUCGUUUCUCCAGCAUGCCCUGGGGGUCGUCCCCCGUUGCGACAAGCCGGGAACACCUCACCUGGGAGGCAUCCUAAUCAUGCCCGAUCCACUUCAUCUGGCUCCUCUCAAUGCGGAGGAGCAGCGGUUCUACUCUUGAGCCCCUCCCGGAUGGCCGAGCUUCUCACCCGAUCUCUUAAGGGGAGAGCCCGGACACCCUGCGGAUGAAACUCGUUUCGGCCACAUGUAUCCGGAAUCUUGGUUCUUUUGGUCACGACCAACAGCUCGUGACCAUAGGUGAGGGUAGGAACGUAAAUCGAGCUUCGCCACAACGGAUCGACACAAAGCCGCUGCACCGAUCCGCCUCCCGAUGACAAAUGAAUUGUGCUUGUGCAAAUAAAAGAUUUACUUGGUUGUUUCACACUUCAUUGGGUAGGCACUCCAACUAUUUGUAUAUACAUGCAAUUUUUUAAAAAAAAGGUAAUAAUUAUACCCCUUUUAAAUAUUGUUUCUGAAACGACAAUUUCAUUUUAUUCCUUUUAAUGACAAAUAAAGCUAUUUUUUCCAAAGGCCUGGAAUUAUUACUACGGGUGCUAUGUUGCAUUGUUGGUUUUCCAUUCAUGCUUGCCCACUUUUUUUUUGAAACAUUAUUUACAAAAUGUAAUCAAAACUGUUUGAUUAUGAUAGAGGCCAACUUUAUUUAAAGGCUGAAUAAACUGCUCAGAAUCCACUGAGCAAUGAUGAUGCAUGAGAGGGGAAACGCUUCAGAGAGGACCCGGAGGCUCGGCCCACACCACAAAAGAGGAACCAGAUUAAUAAAAGCAAAACAACACUUUCACAUAAAUGUGUUUUAAGGUCUGCGAGUUUUGGUUUACUAGGAUUUCCACUUUAAGUGGGGAAAGCACACCAAGUCUUUCUGGGCUCUCAAUGUUGGUGACAGUACAUUAGUGAGUCCAAAUCACUUACAAUGACCAAAAAAAAAAAAAAUGAACAAACAUUUUGUG